GGGACAACAAUUCUUGCCGACUUAGACAGCUCUGAAAGACGUACAGGUAUUGAAGUUCAAUAAGAAAUUACCUUAAUAUUUUUUUUAUUCAUUAUUUCGGUUUGGGGCAAAAGUUAAAGCUUAUUUUUUUAAAGAUAAGAUAAAACACGAAAGCAAAUGAUAACUUUAUAAUUAUGUCAAGAUGUUUAUAAAUGCUUUUCAUUGGGAGUGAACUUUAAGAGUCCAAACAUGUUUAAAAAUCUACAGGGGUUCUAAAUUAUUAAAAUUGAGUCAACUCAAGGGCAGUGCGCAGAGAUUUGUUACAGAGUCAUGAAAAAUGUGACUUAAACAAUGUAUUUAAAUAAAAGGUUUGAUGUAUAUUCAAAUUAUGCCUGUCACCGCAUACUCUCUAAUUAACUAGCCUGUCACCACAUACUCUCUAAUUAACUAGCCUGUCACCGCAUACUCUCUAAUUAACUAGCCUGUCAUCGCAUACUCUCUAAUUAACUAGCCUGUCACCGCAUACUCUCUAAUUAACUAGCCCGUCACCGCAUACUCUCUAAUUAACUAGCCUGUCACCGCAUACUCUCUAAUUAAAAAAAAAUUAGUCGUAUCACUGCGACCGACAAUUGAUAAUAAGAAAGUGGUUUAACGACAAAUCACGUUUGAACAGAGCUAACAUUUUGCAUUCAUUUAGAAUAAAAGAGCUGGGUUUCUUUGUCGUCAUAAGGCUGCGCUCUUGUACAAAAGAUUUCAAUAAUUCUAUUUUUUUUUUUCCGCUACCGUUUCGAAACUUCACAAAAUAGCUAAAACAUAUUUGUUGAGUCAAGAAUCUAAAUUUUGAUAGGUUAAAAACUCAUUUAAAGCUAAAUCUGAGCUACAUCUUAGAUCUGCGCCAUUCAUCGAACUAGAUAUCUAGACAUUUGAGAGCAAAAAAAAAAGAAAGAAAAUUAACGUCAGAGCCUCUAUGUUGAUUUGAAACUUGAAAUCUUUUCUGUUUUUUGUUUUUUAUGAAGCCACAAACUUAAACUUCUUGUUAGAUGCUGGUUGAUACAUCCAUACAUUAUUACGUUACUUCCUUGUUUUAGCGCCGUGUACUCUUUAAUUAUAUUGAUGAAUUGGAGAACUUCUAAACUCAUUGGGUUGAUCUAAAGUAGCGGUGUCGAGCUGCCAACCGUAUCAACUCCUCAGCUUAUCAACCUACCAACUUAUCAACUUAUUGCAUGUGUACAACAUUGAACAAAAUAAAAGUACGCCAAUAGAAAUGUGUCAUUUCACUAAAAAAAUGUAAUUUCACAAUUGAAAUGUGUCAUUUCACUACAGAAAAGUGUUUUUUCACAGCAGUCAAGUGCCAUUUCACAAUAGAAAAAUGUUAUUUCACAAAAGAUUAGUGUCAUCUCACUAUAGAAAAUUGUUAUCUUAACAAUGGAAAAGUGUCAUUUCGCAACAGAAAAGUUUCAUUCACAAUAGAAAAGUGUCAUUUCACUAUAGAAGAGUGUCAUUUCUAUCUGCUAAAUCAAAAGAAUGACUCACAUUUGUAAUGCCCUAAUGGGCAGCAGCUAUUCAACUAAGUCACGUGACAAGAUUGCUGCCUGCAAGCUGUGUACGUGACCUGAACAAACUGAUGUAGAAAACCAGGUUCAAACAAUAGUCAUGAUAAUAGUACUAGAACUAUUAAUGGUAGUAAUAAUAGUUAUAAUAAUAUUUUUUUUAAAUAAUCAUAACAAUGAUAAUGAUCAAAUAAUAAUAACAAACAAUCAUAACAAUACAAAUAGUUGUAAUAAUAAUAAUAUAUGUUGAUGCGUAGAGGGGGACUCUGAAUAGGCAAGAGGCUCGUUUUAUAUUUUAAACACCUACCCAUUACCUCAUUAUCAAAAAGAAGCAUUUUGUCUUGAAUGUUCAUAAAUAAGCCAGUUCUCCGACUUGGACAAAACGCGUCACGAAUCGACCUUCAAACUUCGUCUUUGCGUUUUUUUAAUAUGAUUCCCUAAAAAUUGUUGUUUGUUUGUUUUAUUUUAAUUAAUGGGUAUCUAAUAAUUGAUAUUUAUAAUAAAAUUUGACAAGAAUUGACGAAAAUAUAGUAGUUGCACUCCUCGUGCAAACGCUGCGAGUUCAACUUAAAGCGUUUAGAUUUCAGAUUAUUGAAUUUUUUUUUUUACUUUUUAAAGACGUUUCAAGAUAUCGUGGUAAUUUAUAAUUAAACUUGAAAUGAAUAAGCCGCACACAAUAUAUUAUGAAAAUUUAACACACGGAUUUAGUCAUCUAUUUGUAGUUCGUUAAAUUGGCAACAUUCUUUUUUUUAAAUCUAAAAUAACGCAGGAGAAAGGCAAGAUAUUUGUGUCUGAAACUUACUUGAUAAUCGGACCUAGAACUGUCGAAUAUUUAACAAAUCGUCAUUCUUUUUGUAACUUGGUCCAUGUCAAAUUGUAGCAAACAUAUAUAGAAAUAGUAGGCCAUAAGAAACAGCAUCCUUCUAUGUUUAGAUACAAACAACAUCCUUCUAUGUUUGGCUACAAACAGCAUCCUUCUAUGUUUGGAUACAAACAGCAUCCUUCUAUGUUUGGAUGCAAACAGCAUCCUUCUAUGUUUGGAUACAAACAGCAUCCUUCUAUGUUUGGAUACAAACAGCAUCCUUCUAUGUUUAAAUACAAACAGCAUCCUUCUAUGUUUGGAUACAAACAGCAUCCUUAUAUGUUUGGAUACAAACAACAUCCUUCUAUGUUUGGAUACAAACAGCAUCCUUCUAUGUUUGGAUACAAACAGCAUCCUUCUAUGUUUGGAUACAAACAACAUCCUUCUAUGUUUGGCUACAAACAGCAUCCUUCUAUGUUUGGCUACAAACAGCAUCCUUCUAUGUUUGGAUACAAACAGCAUCCUUCUAUGUUUGGCUACAAACAGCAUCCUUCUAUGUUUGGAUACAAACAACAUCCUUCUAUGUUUGGCUACAAACAGCAUCCUUCUAUGUUUGGAUGCAAACAGCAUCCUUCUAUGUUUGGAUACAAACAGCAUCCUUCUAUGUUUGGAUACAAACAGCAUCCUUCUAUGUUUGGAUACAAACAGCAUCCUUCUAUGUUUGGAUACAAACAACAUCCUUCUAUGUUUGGCUACAAACAGCAUGCUUCUAUGUUUGGAUACAAACAGCAUCCUUCUAUGUUUGGAUACAAACAGCAUCCUUCUAUGUCUGGAUACAAACAACAUCCUUCUAUGUUUGGCUACAAACAGCAUCCUUCUAUGUUUGGAUACAAACAGCAUCCUUCUAUGUUUGGAUACAAACAACAUCCUUCUAUGUUUGGAUACAAACAACAUCCUUCUAUGUUUGGAUACAAACAACAUCCUUCUAUGUUUGGAUACAAACAACAUCAUUCUAUGUUUGGAUACAAACAACGUGUAAGCUUAAAUGCAAAUAAGUUUUAAUAAUGUUUAGUGAGUGGGAUUGUUUGGUUUUUUUUUUGGUUUUUUUUUUAGUUUCUUCUCAUUUCUCGCUAGGUAGCAACGAGCAUCACUUCCGACCUACACAAUGGGCAGACAACCCACAAACCUCGCCCUGGCACUCACGGUGCUCUUCCUCUUCGAACAUCUCGCCGUGAUGGCGCUGGCUGAUCCGGCUCCCACGCCUGACGCCAAGAGCAGGGCCUUUCAACAAGCCAUCGAAUCCUGCUCGGACAAGUGCAAGUUCGCCAUCGCAGCAUGUCUGCAAGCGUCGCCUGGGGCACAGAAGCUCAUGGCUCAAGAAAAAUACUGCGAUGUGAUGAACUACAGCGAUCAAGGCGUGUCUGUCUACGACUGUCUAGUCAAGUCCCUGGCUUGCACCGACGACGAGUUCAACAAACUGAAACAUGUUGCCUGCGGUGCUUCGUCCCUGGUUUUUUUUUUUUUUUUUUUUUUUUUUUUUUUUUUGGGGGGGGGGGGGGGUGUUAAGUUAACUAUUUCACAGUUACAAAUAUUAUUGUUGAUAAAAUAUAUAUCUCUAAGAAUAUAACAAAUCAUAUUUUAGAAUGUAACUUUGACAUUUGGAUGCAUUUGUUGGAUAUCGCUUUUUUGAAAUGUCAUUAAAACACAGUUUGAGUUUUUUUUUGCUAAUAAGUUAUAUCGGCAUGAUAUGUUUUAAAGGAUAACAUUGUGUUGAGAGAAACUCCAUGGUGGAGCGACUCAACUACAACAUUGGUUCUUUCAAUUAUAAGUGCCAAAUUACAAAUGAAUACUCUUAGCUCUGAUAUUUUCUGUAGUUAGCUCUGAUAUUUUCUGUAGUUAGCUCUGAUAUUUUCUGUAGUUAGCUCUGAUAUUUUCUGUAGUUAGCUCUGAUAUUUUCUAUAUAUAUAUAUAUAUAUAUAUAUAUAUAUAUAUAUAUAUAUAUAUAUCUGGGGGGAAUGACAGUUUGUUCAGCACCAAACAAUUAAACAUACACUGGAAAUCACGUGAUAACUUGUGUUUGCUUUUGUUUGUCUUGGCUCGCAAAUUUUACGAUAACGGGACGCAACCAAAAUAAAACUGAUGAAGGGGACGCAGCCAAACCAAACUGUUUAUGACAUUAUGUAAAAUUCCCGCUACAUGAGACAACCUCAUUAAACAAUGUGCUAACAAAAAAAAACAGGAUAGACGGAGUGAUAACUUAAUUCCUGUGAUCAAGUAUGGACACAAUUGUUUUUUUAAAAAGCUAUCUUAUUUUUAAAAUAAAAUAAUUUAAGAUAAGAUAAGAUGAAUGUAUAUAAGAUAUGUAAGUCCCAGAGGCGUGACGAAGCUGAGGACACAAAGCAUACCUCAAGGGGCGCCACGUACAACAUAAAAUUAGUUGAUGUUUGGCAGGGACACUCAGUUGGCUAUGGGCGCUAUUUUGCGCAAAUUUUAUUUUUGCCCCCACCAACCACCCCCCCCCCCCCCCCCCCCCCCCCAAAAAAAAAAAAAAAAAAAAAAAAAAAAAAAAAAAAAACAUAAAAUUAGUUGAUGUUUGGCAGGGACACUCCGUUGGCUAUGGGCGCUAUUUUUCGCAAAUUUUAUUUUUGCCCCCACCCCCCCCCCCCCCCCCUCCCCCGCUUCCUCGAAUAAAAAUGUUUUGAAGGAAAGAAAAAAAAAACACUCCUCGCGUCUUCUGUCGCAUUCUAAAUACCAAGCAUUGCGGAUAUUCCGGAAUGAUAGAAACUUUUUUUUCUUUAGGUAAUCUCAUCAACAAGUGGUGUCAACGCCUCUACCUAGCUCAAGCUGGUGGCGCCCGGGGGCCAGACAAUCUUAGUCUCUGCCCUAAUAACCGUCAGUUUCGGCUGUCCAAGAGUCAUUCCAAAAUGUGCAAUGCCCGCUUAAUAGUCCACUAUUACAAUACCCUCGUCUUAUGCUACUAUUGAGACCGUCACCUUCAUUUGUUACUAUGUACAAUGCCACCUUAAUAGUCCACUAUUACAAUACCCUCGUCUUAUGCUACUAUUGAGACUGUCACCUUCAUUUGUUACUAUGUACAAUGCCAACUUCAUUUGUUGACAUCCAAUAAACAUGCCACUUCGAGUACUGCAACCUUCUUUUGCUGAUGUCUAAUAAGUAUGCUACUAUGUGAAAUGCCACCUUCAUAUGCUACUAUGUAAAAUGCCACCUUCAUAUGCUACUAUGUAAAAUGCCAGCUUCAUAUGCUACUAUGUAAAAUGCCAACUUCAUAUGCUGCUAUGUAAAAUACCAACUUCAUAUGCCACUAUGUAAAAUGCCAACUUAUAAGCUACUAUGUAAAAUGCCAACUUCAUAUGCUGCUAUGUAAAAUGCCAACUUCAUAUGCCACU